UCGUAUGAGCAUGGGUUCCGCUGCCUACAUCUCUUCGUCGAUAUUUAAUGGCUAAUUUCUCCAAGUAAAAGGCGUUUUCUUAGGCAGGUCACAAUGUUUCGCCGUUCAAGAUUUAGUGUUCGUCCUAAUGUCGGUACUGCUGGGAGAACGGCAACGAGUCAGGAACCCCCUGCUGCAAGUCAGGAUCCCAGCGAAACCCCCAAAGAAGCCAGUGAGAGCAACAGUGCAAAUGAUGUGACAAACAAAUCUGUUGUGAGCUUGUCAGAAAAAGGAGACGGAAAUGAGCCAAAUGGAGAUGGAACCAACUUGUCGGCAGCACUCCAGAGAAGGAAGCGCUUUUCUAUCAAGCCCAAAGUGGCCCCUGGUCGCCCAUCCACCCUGUCCCGGACACCAAAAUCUCCUGUCAAAGCAGUCUCUUCAGCACCUGUUGAAGUCUCCAACAUAGACCUUUCCAAGCCAUCAACAUCCAGCCAAGCUGGGACUUCAGCAGUCCCUCAUGGACUCCAGUCCCCAAGGCGACGGAGACACUCAGAAGACAGCAAGCAGCACAAAAUGCAGCCUGAAGUCAUCCCCAUGUCCUCUGAGCAUUCAGGACCCUCCCCUAUUAAAAUAGCAGAAGAUUCCCCAGAACAAACUCUCGUGUCAGCAGACAGAAACAAACAAGCAGAAAACAUUUCAGGCAGACAAGUUAAAGACAUUCCUGCCAGACCACCAGAUAAAGUGCCACCCUCUUUACUAGAUAAAGAAACUUCAGAAAUUUCAGAGAAAGCUAAGACUCUUGUAUCAUCCAAAAAUGUGCUUUCACUGCCUCCGUCAGCACUUUCCUUAAGUAAACUCCUGAACAGCCCAUCAGACUUACAGAGGCUGGUCAAGGCCCAGAAGCUCAGAGAGCUGCUCAGACAGGAGCGAAGCAAAGAAAAGAAAAUCAAGAAAGAUAAAACCCGUGCAAAGGAAUUUACUUUAGAUCCCACAAAAAUGACCAUGAGAGACUUAAUUCAUUAUCUGCCAACAUCCAACCCCAUGAUGUCUAGUUUAGAAGACUCAGCUCAAGAGGAUGAGACUGUGGUCCCACCCUCACCAGCAAGAGAAGAGUCUCCAGAGCGAGUACAGGAGCCUGAAGUCCUGCCUACCAAGGUGAGUUCAGGAGAAGAGGAGAUGCAUGAGGAGGAAGUGGCAGAAGAAGAAGCGGACGAAGAAGCACUCAUGGUUCCUCAGGUCAAAGUAGCCGAAGAUGGCUCACUGAUCAUUGAUGAAGAAAGCUUAACAGUGGAAGUCCAGCGAGCCAAAGGGCCAAACCCAGCUCAGGACCGCGACCCCAUCUUUGAACGUGGCUCCACUACAACUUACUCAAGUUUCAGGAAAGGGACUUACACAAAACCCUGGUCCACAGAAGAGACAGACAUGUUCUACCUGGCAGUUAGUAUGGUGGGGACUGACUUUUCCAUGAUUUGUCAGCUGUUUCCACUCAGAUCUCGAUCAGAGAUAAAGAACAAAUUCAAGAGAGAAGAGCGACAGAAUUCAUGGAGGAUUGACAAGGCUUUCAGAGAGCGGCGUAAACUGGACAUAGAGUACUUUUCUAAGCUGCUGGAGAAAAUUUUGGAGGUUCAGAAGGACAGGAAGAAACUCAAGUCGCUUUCUAGGAAAAACUCCACCAAGAGUAGCAAAACUAAAGCAAAGGGCAAAAAAUCUGAAAGGAAACUGAGCGAUGUGGAGGAGGAAGAAGAUAAUGAAGUUCCUGACUUGGAGGAAGAAGCACAGAAAGAGAAUGAGGACCAGUGUAAUGAAGGAGGAAGCCCUGCUGUUGAGUUCAAGAAGAAACGCAAAAGGAAGAAAAAAGAUGACGCACUGACUGAGGAGCUAAGUGGCAAGAAAAACAAAACGGAUGUCAAGAGCAACGAGCAAAGUGAAGCUGGAAUACCUGAAGACUCUGAGGCAGCACUUCCUGAGAACCACAUAAACUUAGACAUGACUGAAAAGACUCCAAAUGUGAAUAAAGCCAAGGACACAGCUGUCAAGCCAGCCAAGCUUUCACGGUGCAGAGCACCAAAACCACUGCUGCCUCUGGGUUUGAAAAGAGGUAAAAAGCCAGCACCUUCAACAAAGUCCAAAGAAACAGUGUCUGAGAAGGAGGAUGAGUGUGAAAGUGAUGGAGCCUCUAAAGAACAGGUAAAUAAAGAUGAAGUACCUCUAAGACAAGGCAGACAGGGGAAAUCUCCUAGUGAUGACUUUUCUUCUGAAGAAGAAGAUGCAACAGUUAAACCUCAGAAACCAACCAGAUAUGGCAGAGUGCCCAAACCCAUCCAGCCCUUGAACUAUCCCUCCAAAGAGGAUCAGCCCUCAUCUGCAUCUGACACUACUCCUGCCUCACCUUCUGCCUCACAAUCUAAACCCAAACACACAGCCAAGAGGGGAAAACCAUCAAACCCCCAAUCAGCCCAGAAGUCCAAAAAACCCAAACUUGUCACCCUGAGGUCCUCCAAAUCAGACUUCAGUGAUGAUGAGGAUGAAUGUCAGUGGGAGGAUGUACAUAUGCCAUUUGCAUGUAGCUCCAGUAAAGACAGCGAUGCCUCUGUGUUUGUGCCUGCCAGCAUAGAUGCCUCAAAUUCUGAGAUUUUAGAAGUGGAUGAGAAUAUGGUGGAGCUUGAUAUCUUGGCCAGUAUGCCUGAUGUGCUGGGCAUCUCCCAAGAUGCAAUGUGCCCUGAUUCCUUUUGUCAGCAGGCACAACAUGAGACAGGCACUGCUGAGCCAUGUGAACAUCAGUUGGACCUGUUGGUUGAUGUAAUAGACUAUCUUUCUACUGAACACACAGAAGUAUCUCAAGAUGAGAGCUACAACGAGGCUGCUCAAACCCUUUUGACCAUUGGCAACCUGGGUCAUGUCUCUCAGUCAGCGAGUGAAACAGCUGUACAUGAUUGCACAACAGGGACAACAUCAGCUGGUGUGAAAGAGUCCAGCCACCUUGAGGAAGAGAUUGUGUCUCCAGAGCUAAAGCAACAUGUCACUUCUGUGUCUGCAGCAUUGGGUCUAGAAGCAACAGAAACAGCUGCCUCUUUGGAUUUACAAAGCAACGUAACACACUGUGAUGAAAAGCCUCAUAUUACAGUCAUUGAGCUGAAGAGUACUUGUGAUCCAGAACCUGCCCCUCAGUUACAGUCAGAACCAGACAAGUCAAAUAAAAAUUCUCCGUUAACCGUGACCGGACGUUUUUCUAAGGUAAAACCCAAACCAAACCUUAGCCGAACUGCAAGGACUGCACAACCAGUAGAGCAAACAGAGACCUCAAAAGAAAAACAAGAUGAGGAGAGCAACACACUUGCUCCCAAUCUUUCUCAAGUCAGUGAGCCAAUAUCUGUUACUCAAAAAAUGGCCCCAAAGAAAUCAGACUCUGCUCAAGCAUCAUUGAAACAUGACAUUUCCAUGACUGAAGUUAAACUAAUAGAAGAGUCAUCUGGCAUAAAUGAAAGGUUUGACGAUGAGGUAGAAUCAGUUGCAGCAACAUCAGACCAGAAUUGCUCUGUAAUCCAGAGCAGCUGCUCUUCUGAAUCUCAUUCAGAACCCGGCAAGGAUCAGGCCACCAGGGAUGCUGAGUCAACAUCUGAUGGUACAGCAGCUGAGGCUGGUUUACAUGAGCCUUCAACUUCAGACUCUGCUAUGACAGAAGUUGUGCAAGAAUCAUUCGUCGGAUCUGCCCUGGUCCAAGAGAGCAGUGAUAAAUGCCCCAUGUCACCUGCAGAAAAUUUAUCUGUUAGUCAAAAUGAAGGGAGUAAAACUGUAAUUACACAGCAGUCCAAAAGGAGUAGGUUGCCAAAAGUCAAACCCAGACCAAACCUACCACAGACAUCAAAAACUACAAGGUCUAAACCUCAAACCACGGAACAGACUGCAGAGAAAGACUCUCAUCCAACUCCAAACCCAGAAUUCCACAAAACAGCAGAACUACAGUCACAACAAACAUGCAGCCCACCUUCAACUUCUCAACCCCCAGAGGAGCUGCCUGCAAGCACAGAGAUGAAGACAUGUGUUGAACAUGUUGAUCAAGCAGUAUUAGAUGUAGCAAAACCAGAUCUGACCAUCACAGAAAUCCAGAACCUCCCCAAAGUCCAGCUUCAGGCAGUUGGAGAGACCUCUGGAAACACAGGGUCAACCUUUUCAUUAAUAGAAGAAAACUUAACAUCUCAUGCUGCAACAACUGAGACUAGUAGUAACAAUGUGGUGUUAACUGACCUCGAACUGUUAGAACCUCAAGUUGGACAAGGCCUGAAUGUAGAUUCAGCUCUGGCUCAAGAAGGAAGUGGCAAUCCUGCUGCAGUCUUUAGAUCUGUAGAGGAGUUUAAAGUAAGUCAAGAAGAUGCUAAAGCUGUAUCUAAAUCUCCAUCAAGGAGGAGUCGAAUACAAAGAAUUAAACCCAAACCAAACCUACCACAGACAUCAAGAGCUGCCAGGUCUAAAUCCGAAAUCACUGAGCAGCCAGCUGAACAAGACUCAAGUCCAAGUCCAAAUCCUCAACAAGCAAGAAUUCUCCCCUCUGAAAAACCAAGUGAAAGCACAGAUCCUGCUUCACUUCCUGAAUUACUGAUUUCAGACCCUGUUUUUAAAACCACAGAUGAGCUGUCUGUGGAUGAGGAGAAAACAACUCGGCUGAUUGAUCAGACAGACAUGGAGGCAACAACAUCAGAUCAAAGUACCACAGAGAACCAGAAAUCUGAAGUCCAGCUUGAGCCCAGUAGGGAGCAGACCACUAGAAACAAAGGGCCAGUUUCUGAGUUUAUAGACAAAAACCUGAUAUCUCAUACUGAAACAGGUCAGAGUAGUUGUAACAAAAUGGUGACAUUUGACUCAGGAAUCGAAACACAACACGUUGGUCAGAUGUCACAUGGAGAAUCUGCCUCGGUCCAAGAACAGAGUGAUAGCCCCCUGGUGCUGCCAGUCCGUAAACAAGAUGUUGAAGCUGCAUCUGCUUGUCACUUGAGGAGAAGCCGAUCACUUAAACCCAAACCAAACCUAGCACAGACAUCAAGAGCUGGGAGAUGUAAACCUCAAGCUGCAAAAGAGCCAGUGGAGAAGGAAUCAAUUCCAAAUCCUGAAUUGCAUAAAGAGACAACAGCAGAUAUGGAACCACAACAACCAUGCACAUCCUCCCCUGAAAAGCAGAGUGAAAGCUCCAAUCCUGCUUCAGUCUUAGAACCAUUUCAUGCUACAGGGCACAUGGCUAAACCUGCUGGUCAGAUGGACAUUGACUCACCUACAUCAGAUCAUGUCGUGCAAGGGAAGCUGAACUUCCCUGAAGUCCAGCUUGAGCACACUAGCCAGCAGACCACCAUAUAUAAAGAGUCAACCUCUGAUGUCACAGAUGCUCUACAUGAUGAAAUAAAUGAGAGUAGUCCUGACCAAACACUCACAGAAUCACAAGCUGGACAGGAGUCAAAUGUAGAUUCAGCUGCAGUCAAAGAAGGUAGCAGUAAUCCUGCCACUAUCAUUACGCCUAUAGAGCAUUUACAAGUUACUCAAGACAGCAGCACAGCUGCAUCUGCUUGUCUGUUGAGGAGGAGUCGAUUACAAAAACUUAAACCCAAACCAAACUUACCACAGACAUCAAGAGCUGCAAGGUCUAAACCCCAAACUGAUAAAAAGUCACCAGAGAAGGGCUCAAGUCCAAAUUCAGAAUCUGACAUAACAGCAGAGAUGAUACCUCAGCCAUCAUGCUCCGCUUUGCCUGAAAAACAGAGUCAAAACACUGAUGCUGGACUUGUUGAUAAGGUAGACUUGGGUGUUCCAACAUCAGAUCAGGGUGCCUCAGUGAAAGAGAAUGUCUUAGACGUCCAGUCAGGACCUGUUUUGGAGCUGGCCAACAGAGAGACAAUGAAAACUUGUGAGUUCCCCGAAGAAAAAGUGACACCAAGUGUUGAGACAACAGAGAGCAAUUUAAAUAAUGUGACAUCAAACUUUGCACAAUCUGUGCUUAAAGUCACAAAAGACCCUGUCUCACCCGUGCAGCUUAUGGUCAAACCUCAGAUCUCCACCUCUAGAUCUGAAUCCACUGACGACACAGUAACAGAGGUAGAAGCACAGCCAACUUGCAGUACUUCUCCUUUAGAAUCAUCAACCACAGGCUGUGCUUCAGAUUCAGUUCCAUCGCUGGAAUUAACUUCAAGUCCUACACACACAGCGGACAUAUCUUCAGCUGAAGAACAACUGAAGAAAAAUGUUAGAGUUGGACAAGUCUUGACUUCUGCUUGUUUAGAGCAAAACGUACCUCAAAAAAGGCAGCGGUUUCCCAAGCUCAAACCCAAACCAAAUUUAGGAUCACCCAGUAGAAUUACCCUCAGAAAACUAGAGGCAGGUGAUUGUUGUAAACCUUCAGAAGACCGGCACAUGGAUAGCUCAUCUAUAAUAUUAGAAGAGUCUGGAGGCCAUAGACGUGGCACAAAGAUUACAGUGGAAAAGGAGUCAGCUGUGGACAAACUGCCAAAUGAUCAAGCAGCAGAGACAAGGCUUGCUUCACAUGAGGAUGUUAAGAUGGACAUGCCCACUAAAGUUGCAUCAUCAAACAACCAACCAAUAACCAAUCUAACUGCAGCUUCAGAUGUCCAGUCUUCAACCCAAGAUAAUUCCUCUGACUCCAGAAUAAAUCCCUUAUUCACCUCUGCUGCGAGCCCCACAUGUUCUCAGAGAGACUCAUCUGUCCAAAGUAUGGAUCAUACAGAGUUGACUGAUUCUUCUAAGACAUCAAACAAACCUCAAACUCGUAGAGGCCGACUUGUUAAACCCAAACCCAACCUACGAUGCAGCAGUCGUCCUAAACAGCCCCUGCACUCAACAGAAGCAGACUCUGACAGUGGCUCCCAGGUUGUAGAUUCUUCAGUUGAUGAGAAACCUGAAUCUGAGCUCAGACCUGACCACCAGGAGUCAGUAGAGACAUUUACAGAUAAACUGGGUUUCAUAGACUCCGGUUCAAAUGAUGCGCAGGUGUCUGUGGGUGGUGUGGCACACGUAGCUUCUUCACAGAACACAUUAACAUCAAGUAUAGAACGGAUCCAAAGUUAUCCGCUUUUAUCACAGAUACUGCCAGAGCAGGUGCCUUCAGAUCCCGAUGAACCAUUCUUCAUCCUCUCUCUGACAGAGAUCCCAGUCUCUUCGACAGGAGAGGUGCUGAACAGUACAGCUGAGCACCUCUCUUAUCUUCCUGUAACAGAUGCAUCAAAACAGCAGCCAAUUGCUCCUGGAGAGAGCUCUACAGCAGGAGAUGGGUCAGUCUCUGAUGUUCCUGCGCCUACCUCCACAAAAGAGGGUGAUGCAACAGGUGUAUUUAAUGUUAAAGACAUUAGUCCAGGUCCAACUGCAUAUAUAAGUGAAGCUGAAAGAAGCAAUUUGAGUCUGCAGAAGGAUCCAGUGGCUCUACAAGGAAAUUCUCCAGUUAAAUCAGAGAUUGUGGACAGUAAAGAGACUGAUACCCCCCCAUCAAAGCAGAGACUAAGAGACAGUGGCAGAAAAGCCAAACUGCCAGGUAAGUCCAAUACUAGAAAGAAGAAACAAAUGACCCCUGCUGCCACUGAAACAAAGUCGCCCACCUCCCAAAUAAGCAGCACGCAGGACUCCGACUGUCAUGAGUUUUCUGUCGAAACUGUCAGUGGUGAUAAGGAGACUCUGGCUCGUGGGAAGGAGCUUGACACUAGCUUGGGUUUACAAACUGCGCAAAGUGGUGGGAGAAGACAUCGGAACAGAAAAGCCAUAGAUUUCCCCUCCUACGUUUCUGAAACAAAAGUCACUCCACCUGGGAAAGCUGCAUCUCAGAGAGCGAAGGUGAAAACUCCAUCUGCAGCAGGAAAAUCUUCAGAGCACGAUGUCGCUCCCACACAAAGUUUUAACCAGACAUCAAAGAAGUCCCACUCAACAUCUACUACAUCACCAGCACAAUCACUAAGUAUCGACCAGACAUCCGACCACAGACCCAUCUGUUCAGAUCCAGCUCCCAGCACCUCGUACAGUACAGAGGCUUCGGCUUCCCAGGAAAAGGAUUGUGCUGAGAGCUGCUCUUUAGAAGAGGAACCUACCGUCGUGUCUCAGUACUUCUUUAGUGACAUUUUCACUGAAGUAGAAGAAAGAUAAAAGCUACAGGCUUGCUUUUAGAAAAUAUUUUCUUCCUAAGUUGGCUUUGAGUGUUAAUUUAUAGAAGUAAGUCAUAAUACUUUAUUUACUGUUAAAUGGUAUUUUCAUUUUCACAAGCACUUUGGAUUUGUACAGUAGGUUUAAUUUACUAAAAUGUGUUUUUAAAAGUUUGUUAAAUGAAUAUUUAAGCAGCGUCACAAUGAAUAGUUAAGCAAACUAUUUAAACUCGAGGUGGCAGCAGAAUAUUUCAUAAUGCUUCAGGUCUCAAUUUUCAUUAAGCAGCUGUGAAAAUGUAAAUAUUGUAAAGGUUCAUAUGGUUUUGAUUAGUUUUUUAUUUUCUACUUUUGCUGUUUGGUAUAUUUCCCCACAUAGCAAUGACCGCUGAACAAAUAUAAAACAUAUUAACUCAG